GCAUUUUCGUGUAGCAGAAACCAGAUACUCGAUUGAGUUUCCGUCCUCUAACAAGCUGAAUUCUCUUAAUAGGUAGUAGCAGUUGUGUCCGUGUUUUUCAUCUGUGUAUCCAUCGUGACAUUCUGUCUGAAGACUCAUCCGAACAUGCGAGUGCCCGUCAUUGUUAACCGGACAGUGCAUCAACCUCCUAAUGGUACAACGCUUUGGACGUUGGACAAAACGAAAACCGAAGCCCAUGAAGCCUUCUUUUAUGUUGAAAGUUUGUGUAAUGCAUGGUUUUCUUUCGAAAUUGCUUCUCGAUUCUUGGUUAGCCCCAAGAAGAUGGAAUUCAUGACGGCGCCCAUCAAUAUCAUCGAUUUUAUCGCCACAAUGUCCUUCUACUCUGAUAUGUUGCUUCAAAGGCUGGCAUCUGACCUUGAGAAAGCGGAUAUCUUGGAUUUCUUCAGCAUCAUAAGGAUUUUUAGGUUAUUCAAAUUGACAAGGCACUCUCGUGGACUGAAGAUCCUCAUCCAUACAUUCCAAGCGAGCGCCAAAGAGUUGUUCCUUCUCGUCUUCUUCCUUGUCCUCGGCAUUGUGAUUUUCGCCUCUCUUGUCUAUUACGCCGAACGUUUACAAGCUAAUCCUAACAAUGACUUUACCAGCAUACCAGAAGGCCUAUGGUGGGCUAUCGUCACGAUGACAACUGUGGGCUAUGGGGACAUGGUGCCUAGAACAUACGUUGGCAUGCUUGUUGGUGCUCUUUGUGCAUUGGCUGGUGUGCUUACAAUCGCUCUACCCGUUCCUGUGAUCGUAUCCAAUUUUACUAUGUUCUAUUCGCACACUCAAGCUCGCGAGAAGCUGCCUAAACAAAGAAGGCGGGUAUUACCCGUGGAACAAGUGAGAGUUAGGCCCUUGAGGCCAGCCGGUGCAGCUGGUGGUGGUCUUCAUCACAGAAGAAUGAAUGCUAUCAAACAUCAUCACCCUGCUGCGCUCAAGGAUUAUAGUAGUAAAACAGGUAAAUAUAACUCUCAUUUUAGUAUAACUUUACAUCUUUUAAGUAUAGUCCAUUAA